CGGACAUGUUCUGUUUUUUGGAAGAGCUAACAGCAAAAAUGAUAAAGCUGGUGUCAUGUAUCUCACUUUUAAUAGUGGGAUGCUCUUCUUUGAGUGUCAAUAAUGAAACGAAGUCUCAUUAUGUUGAUGUUGCUAUUGAACGUUACCAGCGGGGAAGCUCAUUCGAAUUCGAGUAUGCAGACACAGAUCUAAAUGGACGAGUUGAUUGUCAUUCUGAAUGUGGGGGUAUAAUAGAGUCUACAUGUCAACAAGGGAUGGAACAAGUUUCUUGUUACAGACCACAGGGGAAACUAUGCUGUGUUGAUUCGAGCUGUAGAGCUGAGGGAGGUAUAUGUCACCCACCACCCGCAAGAGAAAAUGAGAUAAGCCUUGGGCCUGACUUGUGCAUGGCUGCUGGAUCCGAAUGUUUUGCAAAGAAAUGUGAUGCUGGUCCUUGCCAUGGGAUAUGUGCAAACACAUGCCCAGAUGGCACAACCCCGUUGAACUUGCCUCUACGCAAAAAAUGCCGCUGUCCAGACAAAGAAACAUGCUGUGUUGACGAGAAUAGCUGUGAAACAAAUACACUGUGCGACGAUGGGAAGUGUAAAGAGUUUUGUGCAAAAGAUGAACAACAGUGUCAAGAUAGGCCAUGUUUCUGUACAAAUAAUAUAAAAAGUUGCUGUGUUAAAAAAUGUACUGAAGGAGCCGAUGGUUGUGCAGCGCAGUAUCCUGGUCGCGGUAAAUGCAGAGAAGAAUGUAAAAAAGAUAAGGGUGAGAUCACAAUGCCUGGCAAUGUCUGCAAAUUUGGCUGCAAAUGCUGUAAAUCACCGAUUGCAUGCGAAGAACUAUGUGGUGGCACUUGCGAAACUGCGUGUCCUACUACAACAAACGAAGAUGGAUUACCGCUAUUUUUUACACCUGCCCAUUGCUUCUGUCCUGCAAAAAAGACGUGCUGUGUUAAGCGAGGACACGGAGGCAAUGGAGUUACAUAUGGAGACCCACAUUAUAGAACAUUUGACGGACUGGUUUUUCAUUUCCAUGGCCCAUGCUCCUAUGUGUUAUUCCAAGAUUGUGUGAAGAAUCCAACAUUUUUCGUUAUCGCUCAUCAUGUACCUGGAAUAGACAGUAAAGGUCACCACAAAGCUUUUGUUAACGCAUUGACGAUUCAUAUAUUUCACACAGUCAUCGACCUGAAUAAUAUUGAUGUGAAGGUUAAUGAUACAUCUGUCUUAUCUCGCAUGCCACUAAAAUUGGAACCCAAAAUGGAAAUUUACGUGGAUGAGAAGCUGAAUAGAGUGAUUGUAAAAUGUCAAGAUAUGUUCACAAUCAGCUGGAACGGAAACGGUGCCAUUCAAUCAACUAUUGAAAGAAAUUUGCAUGGGAAAGUGUGUGGAUUGCUUGGCGAUGCUGAUGGUGACGAUGGAAAUGACCUCAAGAUGAUGCAACCUGGUGGUACUUUGGAGUACACAGAAGAUGUCAAUAAAUUUGGAUACAGUUGGGAAGUCCCAGCAAGUUGCAAUUCUAGUGAAAUGAGCACUAACCUGUGAACCCGUACACUACUACUACUACCCUGGAUGGCAGCACAAAUUUGAAAGUUGUCAUGUCUUUCUAAAUAUUGCAUGCAGCUAAUAUUAAUUCAUUAUGUCGAAUUUCAAGGUUUGUCGCUGAUUCACGACAAUGCUGAAGCAAAUGUACGUUACUAUAGGCUUAAAUGUACUGAAAAUAACAAUGGUGAUUGGUUAUGGUUGGGUAUAAUAAACUACUGAAUAAACGCAUAGUAAUUAUUGAUACCAAUAA